AGGCUCUAGCGGGGGGGGCCUCCGGGGCUGGAAACAAGACACCGAGCAGAACAACAGCGCCGCAGAGUCCACAUCCCACAGGGAACAGAUGGUAGCCUGGGAGAUCCCUGCUGCAGCGUGGACCUGUGGGCAUUUCAUUAAGCCGAGCUCUGUGGUAGAAAGCGAGGGGGACCGAAGAAUAAAGAGCGACCGACUUCACAGCUCCACCGAGAUGAAGCAGAAGGAGGACCUGAACCCCGUGCUGGUGCUCCUCUUCCACCUCGCGGUGUGGAUCUACACCUCCGUCACCUUCCUGCCCUCCUACAUCCUCAGCCGCGUCCCCGGACCGGACGGCGGGCGCCACGGCUCCGAGGAAGAGCGGGCCAAGACGCCGAAGGCCCGAUCGGCGCCGGGUCGCCCCGAGGGCCCCUACCGAGCGGUGAGCGCCGCCCGGAGGCUGGCGACCUCGCUGCACCCGGGCGUGGACACCCUGGACAAGAUGUUCGAGUAUGCGACCACGAGGUUCCCUCACAGGGACUGUCUGGGGACGAGGGAGGUGGUCAGCGAGGAGGACGAGUGCCAGGGCAACGGGAAGCUGUUCAAGAAGGUGGUUCUGGGGGAGUACCGCUGGCUCUCCUACGAGGAAAUCCACACAGCCGCGUCCCAGCUGGGCGGCGGCCUGGCGGCGCUCGGCCAGCGGCCCAAAAGCAACGUGGCCAUCUUCUGCGAGACGCGGGCCGAGUGGAUCGUCGCCGCGCAGGCGUGCUUCAUGUACAACUUCCCCUUGGUCACUCUUUAUUCCACCCUGGGAGGUCCGGCCAUCGCUCACGGGCUGAAUGAGACUCAGGUCACGCACAUCAUCACCAGCAGAGAGCUCCUGGAGACCAGACUGAAGCCCAUCCUAUUUGAAGUCCCGAGGCUGCAGCACAUCAUUGUAGUGGACAGCACGCCGACCUCGUGGCCCGGCUACCCCCGCGGCAUCAGCGUCCACAACAUGGCGGCUGUUCAGAAGCUGGGAGCCAGGCCGCAGAACGCUCGUGAGCGCGAGGCGCCGCUGCCCUCGGACAUCGCGGUCAUCAUGUACACCAGCGGAUCCACGGGCGUACCGAAGGGCGUCAUGAUCUCCCAUAGCAACGUCAUCGCCGGCAUCACGGGCAUGGCCGAGAGGAUACCCAACCUGAGCGAGGAGGACACGUACAUCGGAUACCUGCCUCUCGCCCACGUGCUGGAGCUCAGUGCCGAGCUGGUGUGCGUUGCUCACGGCUGCAGGAUCGGCUACUCCUCACCUCAGACUCUGGCCGACCAGUCGACCAAGAUCAAGAGAGGAAGCAAGGGAGACACCAGCGCCCUGCGGCCCACCCUGAUGGCAGCCGUCCCGGAGAUAAUGGACCGCAUCUACAAGAACGUGAUGGCCAAGGUGGAGGAGAUGAGCCGCGUCCAGAGAACGCUCUUCACUCUGGCGUACAACUACAAGCUGGAGCAGCUGGCCAAAGGAAACAGCACCCCGCUGUGCGACAGGCUGGUGUUCGCCAAAGUGCGCUCCCUGCUGGGGGGUCGGACGCGGGUGCUGCUGUCGGGCGGCGCGCCGCUCUCCGCCGCCACGCAGCGCUUCAUGAACGUGUGUUUCUGCUGCCCGGUGGGUCAGGGCUACGGCCUGACGGAGACCUGCGGAGCCGGGACCAUCAGCGAACUGUGGGAUUACAGCACUGGGCGAGUCGGCGGGCCGCUGGUUUGCUGCGAGAUCAAACUCAAAGACUGGGUGGAAGGCGGUUACCGUAAAACCGACAGGCCACAUCCCAGAGGAGAGAUCCUGAUUGGCGGGCCCAACGUCACCAUGGGAUACUACAAGAACGAGGCGAAAAACCAAGAAGACUUCUUCGUCGACGAGAACGGCCAGAGAUGGUUCUGCACCGGAGACAUCGGAGAGUUUCACCACGACGGCUGCCUCAAGAUCAUCGAUAGGAAGAAAGACCUGGUGAAGCUGCAGGCGGGAGAGUACGUCUCUCUGGGGAAGGUGGAGGCCAUGUUGAAGAACUGCCCUCUGGUCGACAACAUCUGUGCCUACGCCAACAGCAAUGAGGCCUACGUGAUCGGCUUCGUGGUGCCCAAUCAGAAGCAGCUGUCGGCCCUGGCCGAGCAGUACGGCAUCCGGGGCUCCGGCGAGGAGCUGUGCGGCAGCGAAGCCGUGGAGGAGCUGGUCCUCAAGGCCAUCACGGAGGCCGCUCUAGCAGCCCAGCUGGAGCGCUUCGAGGUCCCUCGCAAGAUCUGCCUGAGCGCGGAGCCGUGGACCCCCGAGACGGGCCUGGUCACCGACGCCUUCAAGCUCAAGCGCAAGGAGCUGAAGACGCGCUACCGGGACGACAUCGAGAGGAUGUACGGCGGGAAGUGAACAAAGCACAGACCAGCACUCCGAUCUAUCCCCGCUGCCCUCUCACUGCCCCCCCCCCCCGCCCCCCCUCCUUGCCCCGCGAACACAAGAGACCUGAAUCUGUGAUGAAUCCCAAGAAAAACACUUCUUCCCCCCGCCCCUCCCUCCUUUUUUUCCAUUAGCCCAGGUGUACGACCUCGUUGCGGGGGAUUCUUUAUUGUUCCAGAUGUGAGUUAUGAAACAGCUGGUGUUGUCUGUUGAACUCCUUCUGGGGGCCAAAGCGAGACGCUCCGCUCGACGGACACGUUGCUUGGCGCCGAUGUGACAUUCGAUCGGUUAAAUCUCUCCUCCGAGUUCAUCUGCUUCUUUUAACACGAAGGUUUUCCUUCUUUCCUGCAGGUCGGGAGACGGGUCAAGUCCUUUUUUUUUUUUUUUGGUUUCUUCUAUUUGUCCACAUUGUUUUGAGUACUUGUCUCCCACCCGCAGUGGGGACUUUGACUCUCACGGCCGUGGGACGCCUCUCCCGUCGGCACCAAAAAGCACAAAGAGUCAUAAGAGCCGCUUUGGUGAAGAAAACACUGCCGAGGUCAAGAGUCAUCAACAUUAAGGUCGUGACAAAUGGACCCUAAUAUUCUUAUUCAAAAAGAAAAGAAACAAAGAUGCUCUUGCUGUUUGGUCUAUUGCAUUUUCCUACGGUGAUAUACUUUUUAAUGUGCAGAAGUCACAUGCACUUGGUUGUUUUUACAGUCCAAAUGACUGUGUAAUCAAUGUCACGUUUGAUAAAUCCCAGUGCAACGCAAAAAUGGAUCAUUCACCACCAAAUAAGGCCAUUGAUUACAGAGAAAUCAAGCGGGUUUGGAACAAAGAGGCGCACUGUGACGAGGUUGGGUUUUUUCUGUGUGUGUGUGUGUGUGUGUGUGUGCGGGUGACGUGCACACCUCACGCGUGACACCUGCUGCCUUCUCUCGUGAUUCUGAGUCACGCCUCUACGAUUCCUUUCCAGCCUGUCACGGAACACACACACACACACGUGUGUUACGCAGGAGAAACACGUGUUCAGCCUCUUUUAUGACUGCAGCUUCAGUGACCGGUUUUAUUUUUGUGAGCUCUACUCCUGCCUCGUAACAGAAGUGUAUCCAACUAUUUAUUUGUAAUUUGCUAUUUGAAAAAUGACCCCAAAUGAAGUAAAUAAAGAUUGUGUUCGGUCUACAUGCAGGAGUGUUUUUAUUGUUGUGCAUAAAUGUAACGUAACCAAGUGGACUUAAUUGAAUCUGGGUGUGGAAUUGGUGCCUAAAUGACUAAAAAGAUUCUCAUGUGAUGACAUUUGUUUAUUCAUUCAGUGGCAAUUACUCACAAGUGACAUCAAUGCUCGUCAUGUAUAUUAUUAAAGGUAUAUGGAGACGUGAA